AUGAAGACCAUCUUCACGAACGGCCGCAUAUUCUCUCCCUCAUCAAACGACCUAAACGCAGACAAUGCAUUUGCGGAAUCAAUGGUCAUCGAAGAUGACCACAUUAUUUAUGUGGGUGUACAGGACGAGGCUCCCUUUGAAGACAAUACAAUCGACCUAAAUAGCCGAAUUGUUGUGCCCGGCUUCAUCGACGGCCAUGUGCACAUCCUCAACUUUGGUCUGUCCUUGGGCAAGCUCGACUUGAUGGAAUGUACAUGUCUAGAGGACAUCCGGAAGGCCAUCAGAUCAUUUGCAGCAAGCCAUCCUACCGCUCCUCGUCUUCUCUGCCGAGGAUGGAUUCAAUCGACAACCAGUGGGAUCGCUCUGGCAAGUAUGUUGGACGAUUUGGAUCCACGCCCGAUCCAUAUCGAAUCCCUGGAUCUACACUCAGUGUGGUGCAACCCGGCUGCCUUGGAAGAAAUGGGUAUCUACACGACCCCGGAUCCACCUGGCGGAACGAUUCACCGUGACGAGACCGGAAGACCAUCAGGUCUCCUGAGCGAAAGUGCCGUGGUUGAUCUCGUCUGGCCAUUUCUCGCAAAAAUCACAACUCAAGAAGCAAAACUAAACGCCCUUGACCAAGCUUUCACGGCAUACACGCAGGCCGGGUACACUGGCCUCGUCGACAUGGCCAUGGACGAGCCCACCUGGGACGUUCUCCAGCUCUACCGACAACGUCACAAUUCCCCCCUGCACAUCGCAGCAUACUGGCUCGUCCCCUUUUCCAAGAACCAAGAAACCAACUUUCGCCACGUCGACCGCGCAAUCCAGCUACACGCUGAGUUCAGCCCCAGUAACUCAGCCCAUUUCUGCAUCAUGGGCAUAAAGCUCAUCUGCGACGGCGUCGUAGACGGCUGCACAGCAGCCCUGAGCCAACCCUACGGCAACCUUACCGACCCCGUCGAACCCAUCUGGCCCGCAGACAUGCUCAAAGCCGUCGUGCAGCGCGCCGACCAAGCCGGCCUGCAAUGCGCUAUCCACGCUAUCGGCGACAAAGCCGUAAAGCAGGCCAUCGAUGUCCUAGCAGAAGUGGGCACGCCUGGCCGGCGCCACCGCAUCGAGCAUCUUGAGCUCACUGCCCCCGAGGACGCAAAGCGGCUGGGAAAGUUGGGCAUAACUGCGUCAGUGCAGCCGGUGCACUCGGAUCCGGUUUUAUUCCGGGCAUGGCCGGCACUGAUCGGCGACCGGUGCCAGAGGGCGUUGGCGUAUAGGGAGUUUGUGGAUGGAGGGGCGAGGCUUGCGAUUGGGACGGAUGCGCCUACUGCGGCGCAUUUGCCGUUGCCGAAUCUGUAUAAUGCGACUACGAGGCGGUCGGCGCUGGAACCCGGGGAGUCCCAGGCUACGAAUGCGCAUUUUGGCUUGGGGCUGGCGGAGGCUGUCGCGGCUGCGACGGAGGGGCGGCGACGUAGAGCGGACUUUGUGGUGUUGGAUAUGCGGUGGGAAGCGGAAGAGCUGUUGGAGGGCAAGGUGUGCGAAACCUGGUUCGGAGGGAAGAGGGUAUACAGCGUAGAUAGAUAG